ACCUUGCCCCGGUGCUGCCACAACCAUGGCGCACGUCUACAAUAGCCAGUUGGAUGCCUUCACUCUUUAUCAUCAGGUGCAAGAGGAGAAGAAACCCCAUUCUUCCAUCGGCCCCGCUCUGCCAGCACUCGGUCACGCCACGUCCGGGGCGAUCGGGUCAGCACUCGCGCACUUAGCGAUCUAUCCGCUGGAUCUGAUCAUCACGCGGCUGCAGGUGCAGUCACAGUUCAAGAGCUCGGCUGAAGACGGCGACGACGACGAAUAUGCGGAUGUUGUGGACGCGAUCAAAAAGAUCUACGCACGCGAAGGCGGCUUGACCGCAUUCUACAGUGGCGUGGGCCAUGACACAGCCAAGAGCAUCGCGGACAACUUUUUGUUCUUUUUAGCGUACAAUUUUGUGCGCGAGGCGCGGCAGCGCGCGCGCAGCGACGGCAAGGCGUUGCCCGUGCUGGAAGAAAUCGCGGUCGGCAUGCUUGCUGGUGCGUUUUCCAAAUUUUGGACCACGCCCGUGCAGAACAUUGUCACGCGCAAGCAGACGGCGUCGAUGGUGGCUGCGCGCUCCAAGACGAGCAGCGUCAGUCCCCAGCUCAGCACCAAGGAUAUUGCGCUGCAGAUUAAAGACGAGAAGGGCCUGCAAGGCUUCUGGACGGGCUACUCGGCCCAGUUGAUAUUGACUAUCAACCCGGCGCUGACGUUCCUGCUGCAUGAGACGCUGCUGCGCACACUGGUCCCCAAAUCCAGACGCGCGGAUCCGGGCCCAAGGCUCACGUUUCUGGUUGCCGCGUUGAGCAAGGCGAUAGCGUCUACAAUCACGUAUCCCGUCUCUCUGGCGAAGACGCGCGCACAGGUGUCGUCGCAGUCACCUGCCUCAACCGCAGAUGCAGAGCCUUUGCAGGAGAAGGCGUCCGAUGCAGAGGCAGUCAAAAAAGCGAGAAAAGCAAGCCGCGCCACAAUAUUCGGCUCUAUUCUCGAGCUAGCGCGCAGAGAAGGCGUGGCAGGCUUGUACCAGGGCCUUGGAGGAGAAGUGUUGAAGGGCUUCUUCACGCACGGGCUAACCAUGCUGCUGAAGGAGCGGAUACACGGGGUGGUGAUUCAAUUGUAUUUUUUGGUACUCAAGGCGCUGAAGAAGUAUCCAAGCCCACACGAGCUGGCCGCACAGACGGUGCCGGAAGGUUUCAAGGAAGGGUUCGAGAACGUUUCAACGCAGGUGCAGGAUGGGUUCAAGGCGGCGGCGGGCCAGGCACAACAGGGCCUUCAGGCGGGAAUGGAAUCGGGUAGGGAAAUUGUGUCAGAGGCGCAAGAAGGAUUCAAGGCUGGGGUGGAGUCGUCGCGAGAAGUGGCGUCGGGCGCAGCAUCACACGCGCACAAGGCGAUGGAGAAGGGACGCGCCCAAGUGGGGGACGCGUACGGGAAGGGCAAGGAAUGGUUGAGGGACAACGGCGACGGGCAGAAGGAUUGAUGCCUGAGCGCGACACGCGCCUGAUGUAGCCGGGAGUCCCAUGGCGGCGUGGUUGUGCGUGUAGCGGGCGUAGCGAGAAGUAGGCGAUGCGGUGAGGGCGCGCGGGAACGGGAAAAGGAAACGAGCGUCGACGGACGCGGGCAACGUACGGGAGGCGGACGGGAGGGGGGGUCUUUUGGAGUCGCGGGCGCGCUCACAACAAUGGAUUGAGGCCGUC